AUAAGUAAAAAUGUUUUCAAACGAUUUCAAUCUUGAAUUAAUUGCAAGAAGUGAACAGAAGUGUGUAACAAAAUGUUUACCAAGAGUGUUUUUAUUCUGGCUGUUGUUUGCUUCGCUGCGACAAUGGCAGGAAAAUAUGUUGGAAGAAAGAGUUCGCCUGCACCAAAGCCUGGAGGUGCACCUGGCGGAUUAAUCCCUGGGGGUAUAGGGGAAUGUUUACCUUUUAAGCCUUUCCAUCAAGUGGUUGCCGAUUUCGCAAUAGGACGAUUGGGAAUUGGAUAUACACUGAUAAAGAUCCGAGGAGUACGAACUCAAGUUGUAGCGGGCAUAAUGUACCACAUGGAGCUAUUUGUUUCCAGAGUUACCAGUAACGGUAAAAUUUGUGAACAGUGUGAUGUGAAGGUUGUGCACGCACCUUGGAUGGAAGGACAAGAAAUGACCCUACACAGCCAACGAUGUAAAGAAACAUGUUGUCCUAUAAAAUACUAAAGUGAAGAAACUUAUUACUGUAUAGUGUAAUUCUGUGAUUUUUUUUUCAUUCCGGUCAAUGUUUGAGAAAAUUGUUUUAUUAUUUUAUUGGCCUAAAUGUUUUAUGGACGACUGAAAACAAGGUUUACUUGUCGGGUUGUGUAAUACAACAAAAAGCUAAAAGGAGCAAUGAACGUGAAUAGCGAAUAUUUAAUGUUUUCAAAGAGAGCUGUCUUGUUUCAUGGAAAUUGCAUUCUUCGCUGAUGGACAGGUUUUCCUGAAAUAAUUGUCAUUUUGUUGGCUUAUUUUCAAAAAAUAAAAUAUUACAAACAA